AUGGAUAAUUAGUUUGAAGACUUUAAAGUAAGAGUAAACUAAAAAGGUGAUGUUAUAAUUCUACCUUAGGAUGAUAAAUAUGAUUACGUAUUAUUUUUUAUCCAUGGAUGCUCUUAAAUUCCAAUAAAUCUAGUCCCAAUAUUUCUGCAAGAGCCUCUAAAAAGUGCAAUUAAAGGUUUUAAAAUAAUUAUUCCUAGUGCAAAAAUUAGAUAUGUAAAUGUUAAAAACGCUGAAGUGAGGUCUUGGUUUAACUUAAAAACUUAUGAAAAUUGUUUCGGCAGACCGUUCGAUGAAGCUUUUUCAUAAGAGGAAGUUCAAGAUAGCUAUUCAACCUUAAAAAUAAUGAUAGAACAAGAAGUUCAGCUAGUAAAUAACGAUUAUAAAAAAAUUUUCCUUUCUGGUUUUAGUUAAGGAUGUGGAAUGAGUAUAUACACAGCUUAUAAUCUAGAGCAUGAUGUUGGAGGAGUAAUAGGCCUAGGUGGUUAUUAUUUAUUGAUUACAAAUUACAAUAAAGAAAGAAAUAUUCCAAUUUUAAAUGUGCAUGGAUUGAAAGAUGAAAAAAGACUUUGGAGCGAAGUAAAAUAAUCUUAUGAUAAAUUUUAAGGUUCUGAUAAGGUCAUCUUAUGUUAGAAUAUGGAGCAUGAAGUUUUUAGCUUGGAACCAAGAUAGCAUUUUGCAGAUUAUUUAAUUAAGUUAACAAGAAAAUGA